UCUCUCUUAUCUCUCUUCAUCUCUCUUUCUCACUCCUCCUGGAGAUAAAUAUGGGAGAAGUCAACGAUAUAACAGUUUUACAUCGUUGGAAGAUUCAGAAUAAGCAAAGGAAUUGAUCUGUCGAGAAAAACCUCUCUGAAUUUAAGAGUUAUGGACAUCCACAGGCAUCAGAAGAUCAAAGAGAAGUACCUUGAAGAACAAAGUCCAGCUUCCUCAUCUCCUUCUUCCGCAUCUUCAUCGCCUUCUCAUGAAUUUUCCUUCUCAGUUUCACUCCAAACAGACAAAACCAAAACCCCAUCUUCUUUCACCAUUGAUUUGUCUCCAGCAGAUGACAUCUUCUUCCAUGGCCAUUUGCUUCCUCUCCACUUCCUCUCUCAUUCGAGAGCCCCUCCCCACUGCUCAACAAACUCCGUUGAAAGCUCUGCUCUUCCCAUUGGAGACCUGCCAAGUGACAAGGAGCCUAACAAAGAGAUGAACAACUUCACCAAUUGUAAGAGCGAUGAACAUUAUCAAAACAGCAACAGAGAUACAAGAGAAAAACACAAGGCAAGAUCUUUCUCUUUGCUUGGUUUAAGGUGGAGAAAGGGGUAUGAAGUUGAAGAGGAAGAAUCUAAAGAGAAGCAUCUCAAACAGAAGUUCGGAUUCAAUUUCAGCCAUUUAUUGAAGAGAUAUACGAAAAUGGUGAGGCCAUUUUUACACCUUAGAGGGAGAAGAGAUGAUAUGCAACAACUCCACGGACAGUCUUAUUCAUUUUCAGGUAAUUUUAGUUUUAGAAACAAGCCAGAACAGGGAGGAAGAAGAGGUGAGCUCUCAGCUCCAGUUUCCAAGAAAACAUCUCCAAUAAAUACAACACUUCCUCCUUCCAAUAAUGAUAGCACAAUGGAGGAGUUGCAGACAGCAAUUCAAGCAGCAAUUUCUCAGAGAGUUAAAUGUUAAGGGCAUACACAAAGGAUAGAUAUUGUUCAUAUUCUGUUUCUGUUUUUUAGAAGUUAUUCAUCAUACUUACUUUUCUGCAUUAAUGUGGUAUGUACGAGUAUAUAGACAAAGAGAUAUCA